UCUGAUCUCAUGUCCACAGCUCUGUAGCUAGUCUCUGGUCCAAUGAGCUGCCUUAAGCUAAAUGAUUUACAUAAACACAUGUGAUUGGAUAAACCUAAUAGAAAACCAAACUGGUUUGUGCUAGAGAUACUGAACUAUGGCUUUUUUUUUUCUCCAUAUAUUGAUCAGCUCUGCUACAGUGUCCUUUUGGUCGGAUGAAUAUUUUGUGAGUCCACAUCGAGUCCACAUCUGGACCACAGGCCACCAGUUGAUGACCGCUGCUGCAUGAAGGCUACAGCCUCAUGACAAAUGUAUUUUUGGAACCCCUAAAUCUUUUCUGGAAAAUCCCUAACCAGCACAUGUGGAUCUUUUUUAAAGUUCAUUUUUGAAAGGGGUGGGGUCCAGGCGCCUUUAUUUGCUGAAAACACACACACACACACACACACAGACACACACUCGUCGUCGAAACAAGUCGUUGGAAAACGUAGGAGGAAACUGCGUCAAACGCCUAGUUUUAUCACUUUCUUGACACCAGUGGGAGCCGGAAACGUGGAAACGUGGCGGCGGAAGUGUAGUUUUAAUAAACUCUCCUUCUGUUCGCGCGCUUUUCUGUCAGGGUGCGCACGAACCGCUGCGCGCGCGCUACAUUCCUGCGUUUUGAACACACACACACACACACACACACACACACUCCAGUACUUUCCCUCUCCUUCAGCAGCUUGAGCAUCGCCUUGGCGCGUCCCGGCGUGUUUUAUUCCUGUCUUAUCAGCUCUGUCUGGACUCGGUUAAUGAUUCGCUUUUGGGAUUUUUGAAUUUUUCAGCAUCCUUGAGGAAGAGACGCGGUGAAAAAUCCGCCAUUUCCUCCCAGCCCUCCCGCUCCCUCAGGUGUAUUUCCGCCGGCUUUAGGUAACGACGCUGCGGCAUCUGAUUUCAUCUUCACCUCGCGAGCAUGUUUGUGGUCUAAACUGUUCUUUAAAACGCUUUAAAUUGACCUGUUUUUGGAUUACACUCUUACAUUUGAACAUUUACACACUUCAGAGACUUUUUUUCCCCUUCACCUGAGGAAAGCGAGCAGAAGUCUCGUAUUCUCUUGAUUUGCCUCAUGAACUGAGGUGACAAGUCCAUUUUCCGACAUGUGUUUCUCAGGAAUUACCUGCGGAGAGAGACGUGUCCCCGCAGAGAGGGGGAAAAGCUGGUGAAACACUCAUUCAUUCAUUCAUUCAUUCAUUCUACCUUCUCGUGUUUUGCUGAAGAAAAGUCGGCUUCUGGUUGAUCAUGGCUGCGGCGCGCCGACGGACUGAGCGCGAGGACGCGGUCGCGUGGCCGAGAAUGAGCGCGAGCUUCUGGGCUGCGCUGCUGCUCGCGAGCCUGCUGAUCGCCUACUGCGGUCAGUUGGCGGCCGGGACGUGUGAGAUUGUGACAUUGGACAGAGAUAGCAGUCAGCCACGGAGGACCAUAGCUCGGCAGACAGCCCGCUGUGCCUGCAAGAAAGGCCAAAUUGCCGGUACGACCAGAGCCAGCCCUGCCUGUGUGGACGCCCGUAUCGUGAGGACCAAGCAGUGGUGUGACAUGGUGCCAUGUCUGGACGAUGAAGGCUGUGACCUUUUGGUAAAUAGAUCAGGCUGGACUUGCACACAGCCUGGCGGCCGGGUCAAAACUACCACGGUCUCCUAACACUGGCCGAAGUUCUAAUGGUGUGGAGAGCUUCACAUGGACUCUAUAGAAGCCUGACGAGCUCUUUGCUCCCACUUGCCUGCUGUAGAUAACUUGCUGUCUGUCAUCAGCUCAACAUCCGCCUCCAACUGCGUGUCUGUAGCUCCGCUUUGUAAAUGGGCAGCGUCCCCUAGUGCCACGGAGGACAUACGUCCACACAGCACCUCACACAGAGCACCUGAGAGCCUGCAGGACUGCUGCUUAUAAGGAGCCUUGCGUUCUUUAAGGCUCACUGGAUGUCUGCACCCUUUUCAAGGCCAGAUCUGCGGUUCUAACCUGCGCGCUCUGUGAAUAGGCCUUCUGCUGGAGUCCACCUUUGGCACUCAAACAACUUUUACUGACCAAAGAGGAAAAGUAACAAACAAACAGCUCAAUAAACAUUAACAAACGGAGUUCAGAGUGGAAGGGCUGAGCGAGGAGAAAUUAAGACACCAAGCCCUGUUAUCACACACCAGUAUCCACCAGUUUAAAGCACUGGCAUUGAAGAAUUGAUCUGUGCAAAUGAACUGAUCAAAAUGAACUAAAUUCCAGUAGUACCUUUAAUACUUUGCAUACAUUUUUUUUCUUGAACUGAACCCACUGUAUUUUGAAACUGGAAAUAUAGGCACUGUAUACAUACAUUAUGUGUAUAAAGAAAAUGAAAUUUGCAUUUUUUUCAGUAGCAAACUUUGCGACAAUUUGCAAUAAGCAUGGUUGGUCACAGUUAAAGAGUACAAGCGUUGAUCCUCAUUGGACAAAAAAAAAGUGAAUAUCUGAAAAAAAAAAAAUCAUUUCAAAUUGCCGGAA